CCUCAUUUUCCUCAUAUUGUAAAGAGCAUACGGGAUGCUGGUUUUACUACGCCCCAGUCUGCCAAACGUUGGCGGAUGUGUACGUACAUCGGUGCGAUGGCGCAGUGUUCAAGUUCAAGCACAACCUGCCAGCUAUGUUGCGGACAACAUCGUUGAUCCGGAGUGGACCUCAGCCAAGCCGUACAAGUCCAUACCAGGGCCCACGAAAUGGCAGCUUAUAACCGGCUUCGCUAAAGGUGGACGUUACACAGGACUCAAUAUGGUCGAGAUACAUCGUCUUAUGCGGAAAGAUUUUGGAACGAUUUUCCGCAUGCCGGGCAUGAUGGGACGUAAGGACAUUGUGAUGAGCUUUGAUCCCUUGGAUUUCGAGAAGGUGUUCCGCACGGAAGGUAACUGGCCGGUACGACGUGGCUUGGAUACUAUGGCGUAUUAUCGUGAAAAAGUCCGUCCGGAUGUGUUUGGUGAGAUGGGAGGCUUAGUGACGGAACAGGGUGAAAGCUGGCAAAAGAUGCGCACAAUCGUAAACCCGGUGAUGAUGCAACCGAAGACUAUAAAGCUCUACGUCGAUCAAGUUGACGAGGUCGCUCGAGAGUUCAUGACGAUUGUUGCCAAUAUUCGAGACGACAAACACGAGCUUCCGGUCGAUUUUGAUCAGUGGAUCAAUCGAUGGGCACUGGAAACGAUGGGCGUACUGGCUCUCGACUCAAGACUUGGAGUAUUGCACAUGGGUCAAUCCGAGGAAGCUGAGAAAAUCGUUGGUCUUGUGAGGAGCAUGUUUGAGCUGACUUACCAGCUGGAUGUUUUACCUUCCAUUUGGCGAUACUACAAGACCUCAACAUUCAACAAGUUAAUGAAAGUGUACGAUGAUUUAACCAAUGUCGUUAUGGCAAAGAUUGAUGAUGCGGUAGCCAAAUUCGCAAAGCACCCAACAACAGAAGGCAACCAAAGCGUGCUGGAAAAGCUGCUGAAGAUCAACAAACACGUCGCGAUGAUCAUGUCGCUGGACAUGAUAAUGGCAGGCAUCGAUACGACAUCUUCCGGUUCAAUGUCGAUAUUGUACUGCUUGGCAAUGAAUCCCGACAAACAAGCGAAAUUACGGGAGGAACUUCGCACCAUUCUACCCCAUAAGGACUCCCGUUUGACUGCGGACAAUAUGCGCAACAUGCCAUACUUGCGAGCCUGCAUCAAGGAAGGUCUUCGAAUGUUCCCUCCAACUGCGGGUAACUUCCGUGCGUCGGGUCGAGAUAUCGUGCUGCAAGGAUAUCGCGUUCCAAAAGGCGUUGACGUUGCUAUGGGCAACAUGACACUGAUGCGCGACGAUCACGUGUAUACUCGCGCGAAGGACUUCCUACCGGAGCGAUGGCUGAGCAACAGGGAUGCGGACAUCCCGAGUGGUAAAGAAACGAACCCGUUCAUCUAUUUGCCGUUUGGAUUUGGCGCUCGGAGCUGUAUCGGGAAGCGACUAGCAAUGAUGGAGAUGGAAGUCAUUCUGUCUCGGAUGAUUCGAAACUAUGAGGUCCGGUGGAAUCACGGUGAAUACGAAAUCCGUACAACUAUCAUCAAUGUUCCUGGAAGCCCGUUGCGCUUUGAAUUGAAGGAAGCGGCUGUCGAUCCCAUCGAUCCGGAAUGGGCUACCGCGAAACCUUACAAAGAAAUUCCAUCACCAACGUUCAUGGAGUUCGCUAGAGGCUUUAAAAAAAAUGGACGAUAUGCAAAUUUAAGUUUACUUGAGCUCCACACCCGCAUGUGGGAAGAUUUCGGAGACAUCGUCAAGUUCCGGGGAAUGCUUGGUAGAAACGACAUUAUCUUAACGUACAGCCCAACGGACAUUGAGAAAGUGUUCCGUAAUGAGGGCCAAUGGCCGAUACGGCGUGGUUUCGACAGCUUCACGUACUAUCGGCAAAAGGUGCGACCGGACAUCUUCGGUGAAGUGGGCGGACUGGUGACGGAGCAUGGUGAGAAAUGGCAGAAGAUGCGAACGACGGUUAACCCUGUGAUGAUGCAACCGAAAACAAUCAAGCUGUACAUCGACCAGGUGGAUGAAGUGGCGCGCGAGUUUAUUACCUUAGUAUCGGAGAUGAGAGAUUCCAAAAAUGAGCUUCCAAAGGAUUUCGACCAGUGGCUUAAUCGGUGGGCACUCGAGACGAUGGGAGUUCUUGCAUUGGACACUAGACUGGGAGUGCUCAAAUCACAGCAAACAGAGGAAGCAAAACUGAUUCUUGGGGUAUGUCUUGUACGAGAUAUUUUUGAGCUAACGUACCUUCUCGAUGUGGAGUUAUCCUUCUGGAGGUACUUUAGCACACCAUCAUAUAAGAAACUGAUGCGUGUCCUAGACGAUCUAACCAGCCUUAUCAUGGUCAUGAUCGACGAUGCUAAAUUGAGGCUCGAAAACCAUCCUACGGAAUCGAGCAAUCAAAGUGUGCUGGAAAAGCUGCUGAAGAUCGACAAACAAGUCGCCGUUAUCAUGUCCCUGGACAUGCUUAUGGCCGGGAUCGAUACGACGUCAUCUGGAUCAGUAGGAAUACUUUACUGUCUGGCAACGAAUCCCGAUAAGCAGGCAAAGCUCCGUGAAGAACUCCGCACCAUUCUGCCACGAAAGGACUCCCCGUUGACGCCGGAGAGCAUGCACAACCUGCCGUAUCUGAGAGCUUGCAUUAAGGAAGGACUGCGACUCUACCAACCGGUUGCAGGUAAUAUGCGCGCAGCUGGUCGGGACAUCGUGCUGCAGGGCUACCGUAUACCAAAAGGUACGGAUAUUGCUAUGGGCACGGCUGUGUUGCAGAGAAGUGAGAAGUACUUUGGACGACCCAGCGAAUAUCUUCCCGAACGAUGGCUGACGGAACGGCCCGCGGAUGUUCCGUGGGCCAAGGACUCGAACCCGUUCAUCUUUCUACCGUUCGGAUUCGGAGCUCGCAGUUGUAUCGGCAAGCGGUUGGCCAUGAUGGAGAUGGAGAUUAUUACGGCUCGACUCGUGCGGCAGUUCGAUAUCCGCUGGAAUUAUGAUGAGCUUCGUUUCCGUACGGCUUUGAUCAACAUUCCCUCGAAUCCGUUGCAGUUCGAGUUGCGGGAGGUUGAUCAUUGACGCAUGAUGUCGAUGGGAUGGAACGAACUUUUAUACAUUAUUGGGUUGAGAUUUACUUUAUGCGAAUGAAAUUUAGAUGAAAUGAAGUGAAGUGGUAACAGCA